ACUGUCAUGUGACUCUGCCUCGGGAGAGUCAGCUGACAGCUGGGAGUCACGUGUCUGGCCGGCGCGGUGACGUGAUUUCCGGUGUGUCUGGGAGUCCCGGAUCUACCGGACGACAGAGGACCGCGAGCAGCAGUGGGGAACCUAAUGAUGCUUUAAUCUGAAAAGACUGUUUGAUUUCAUCACUUCAGUUAUUUUAAGGAGCCAUGGCUGGAAAGUCUACUCUACUAAAGGUGAUCCUACUAGGCGAUGGUGGAGUAGGAAAAAGUUCACUCAUGAAUAGAUACGUUACCAAUAAAUUUGACAUCCAUCUGUUUCACACAAUAGGUGUUGAGUUUCUUAACAAAGAUUUGGAAGUAGAUGAACAUUAUGUGACAAUGCAGAUAUGGGAUACUGCUGGUCAAGAGAGGUUUAGGAGUCUUCGGACACCGUUCUAUCGAGGUUCUGAUUGUUGCCUCCUUACUUUCAGUGUUGAUGAUCACCAGAGUUUCCAAAAUUUGGGCAAUUGGAAAAAGGAAUUUAUCUACUAUGCAGAUGUCAAGGAACCAGAGAGUUUCCCAUUUGUGGUUCUAGGUAAUAAAAUUGAUGUUGCUGAGAGGCAAGUUUCAACAGAGGAAGCUCAGGCUUGGUGCAAAGAGAACGGUAACCAUCCUUAUUUUGAAACAAGUGCAAAGGAUGCUACCAAUGUUGCAGUGGCCUUUGAAGAAGCUGUUCGUCGAGUUCUUGCUGCUGAUGAUAGAUCUGACAAUUUCAUGCAAACGGACACAGUGAAUCUUAAUCGAGGAAAGAAACACAGCUCUUUCUGCUGCUGACUGUUGGAUGCAAUGAACUUUCCACUGUAUGCCAUUGAUUUACUGAUAGUUGAAUGGGCCAUGAAAAUCUGUUGGAACUGUUUUGAGAAACCAGUGCCAAUCAGCUGAAGAUACUGGGUUCUUUUGGUUGUGAAAGGGUUUGAAUGCACACGCACAAUACUAAUGUGCUGAAUUACCCAUAGAUAAUUGACUUAUUCAUUGGCCAUAUGAUAUUUAAACAAAAAGGUUUUGUGGAUUUGAAAUCAACUUUGAAAAAUGGCACAGCUUCACAUGCUUUAAGUUUAAAAAAAAUUGGUGUUGGUGGUACAUUAUUUUUAACUGAAGUGUAACAAAUCUUCGUGCAACAAACCAUAUUGUAGCUUGAGGUAACGGUUGGAGAAUUGGAAUUUGAUUAACUCUAAAUAUUUAUCAUUUGUGUAAAUUGCUGGUUCCAUAAAAUUCUCCUUUAUGUACUCAUGUUCCUAAUCUGACCCUAAAAUAUAUUGGGGUUAAUUGUUAAUUAUUUUCCCUCUUUUUGGAAAAAAAAAAUCAUUUGCUGUUAUUGGACAGAAACCUGUCUAUUUUUUCAUGCUCGAAUUGAGUUUUGUGUAACCAAAAUUUCUACUGAUCACAUUUUUGUUGAACGAAGUAUUUGCAGGUACUGAAAACAUUGUUUAGCUUUUCAGUUGGUUCAACUCUGCAGAAUGUUACAAUGUCAAAUAACCAAAAGAUAUCAUUCCAUUGUUAGCUGCAUUAAGUUUGAAAAAAGCAGAGUUUGGUCAACAGUUCUGGGUUAUUCACCAGCCAGGGUUUAUUUUGUUAAUGUACAGCUAAUUUUAAGUUGAAUAAUACAAAGGUAUCAUGAAAUUUUGAAAUGACUUGUCAAGGGCUGAAAUAAUUUCACAUCUGCUUUAAAUAUUAAACAUUAAUUGUUCAGCCCCCUUUCAUGAAGCACCUUAUGCAUUUUUCUUCCCUUAGGGUUUAAUGUAGCCUGUAAGUACUGUUGCAUUUUGGGCAAUAUGUUGUCACACUACCAUAUUGUAUGAAGUUACCUGCGAGAGUGACUUGGACUUUUUAAUUAUUCCAACUUUAAAUUAUACCUUUGUGUACAUUCGGUGUGACUGAAGAUCUAUGAUUUGAGACUGUCAAACAAGAUUGAAUUCAGAAUCAUUAGCUUUCGUUUACAGCUCUGUUUAAAUGUUGGCUGUCCCUGCUCUAGCAUAUUCUGAUGUGUGCCAAAGCUUGAAUCCGUUUUACACAUAUUUAGUGGUAAAAUAUUUAUUUCCUCCUCUUUUCUCUUUAUGCAAUUCUGUCAUCCUAAGCCAAGAGUAUUUGUAGCAAAGCUGAUCAAAGGCCUUUGCUGCUGUGUUGGGCGUUAGAUGUCCUGUUGGGUAGUUAGCCAGUUUUCCUGUUGUCUCCGUAUCUUUCCAGGAUAUGAUUGAGAUCAGGAGUAUGGCAUUUAGUAAUCACUGGCAAAUUGAAUUUUAGCCCAUGAGAUGCAGGUGGAAGACCCAACAGGAUGAACCAUUGUAAUAUCUUUAGAGAGCUAUUUGUUAAGCAGAAUAAUAAAUUUAAUGAAUGGCCAGGUCAGCCUUUACAUAAUGGAACAAUCAAUUCAGUUACAGAAAGGUGGAAUUAAACAAAUAUAAAAGCACAUUAUUUUGAGGCUUUACAGUUUGCAGUUGAAUGACCCAUUUAUCAUCAUUAGGCUCUCUAUCAACUUUGGCUGAUAAAGUGCUGCUGAAUUAUAUUUUAAUGUGGGUGUGGCAUUUGUUAAAUCACUGAACGCUGAGAAUUGAGUAGCCAUUUCUAAACAUGUUGUCUUUCCAUUUUGCCACUGCUUUUGUUAUUGCUGCAUAAAAUGAUUUAAUCACCAGCUGCUUUUUUUUUUAGUGUUUCUUUUCAAAUACUGGAAAAAAUCUUUCAACAAAGCAAUGAUUUUAACAAUU